CAAUUAACCGGUUGCGGCAAUAUUUAUUUAUAUACAGUGUUAUGCAUUAAUGGUCAAGAAAUCGGUUUCAAAGGAUCUUAAUUAAUUAACGAUAUAUAUAUAUAUAUAUAUAUAUAUAUAUAUAUAUAUAUAUAUAUAUAUAUAUAUAUUUUUAAAUAUGUUUGCAAAACCGUUUCGAGUAAAAUCCAACAUUGCCAUCAAAGGUUCUGACAGGAGGAAGCUAAAGGCAGACAUCUCCACUGCCUUCCCUAUGCUGUCUGCUGAGCAAAUCUCUGAGGUGAUUCCUAACAAAGAGGAUCUUAAUGUGGUGAAAAUCUACACACACAAAGGGGACUCUGUUACACUGUACGUCCUGCAUAAAAAUCCAAUAUUCUUUGAAGUGGAAAGAAAGCUUUACCCAACAGUGUAUACCCUGUGGCUGUUCCCGGACCUCUUGCCAGUUUUCACAACAUGGCCUGCCGUAUUACAGAAGCUUGCUGGUGGGGCAGAUCUCAUGUUACCUGGUGUUGUGGUGCCCCCCUCUGGCCUCCCUGGGGUGAAACAGGGUUGUCUUUGUGCCAUCACUGUAGUCAGAAACAGAGCACCAGUAGGCAUUGGCACAGCCACCAUGUCCACUGCAGAGAUGCUGGGGGCAGGGAUGAAGGGCAAAGGACUCUCGGUUUUCCACACCUACACGGACCAGCUGUGGGCAUUCGGAGACAAGUCCAGCCCUCCCACCAUCGCCCCGUCAGACCCAGAGCCUGCAGAGAGUGAAGAGCACUCAGAGGAGAGUGACGGAGGGGGGGGAGAGGAGGAGGAGAAGGACCUCGGUCCCUCUACAGACACUGCAUCCAAGACCCUGCAGGACCAGCAGACAACACCACACUGUGCAGAGCCUGAGGAGAAAGCAGGAGAGGGCAGUGAGGAGGCAGAGGAGGACGGAAGGACCCCACAAGAGCAGAUGGAUGAGCUGCUGCUUCAGUGUUUCCUCCACGCUCUGAAAAUCAAGGUGAAGAAGUCGGACCUCCCCCUGCUGACCAGUACCUUCCUUCGCAACCACAUGUUCUCCUGCUGCCCCAGUGGAAAGCAGCUUGACAUCAAGAAAUCCAGCUACAAAAAGCUGUCCAAGUUUCUCAAGUGUAUGCAGCAGCAGAGGAAGCUGAUCCAGGUGAAGGAGCUGAGCAAGGGGGUGGAGAGCAUUGUAGAGGUGGACUGGAAACACAGAGAGAUCUGCUCGUUCAGCGCCUCUGAAGGGUCCGUGCUGGAGGAGGCUCCUGAGGAGAGCUGUAGGGAUGCAGAGAAGCCGUACCAACCCCCUGAAAUUAGCACUCUCUACAGUGUCUCCACCAGACUGCUGCCCCUCUUCCAAGAUGCACAGCUGAAAAAAGGGUCCGUUCUCACUGCAGCCGAAGUACGAACCAUCAUCACAAACUACGUAAAAAACAACGAGCUUGUUGAUGAAAUAAACAAAAACUAUGUGACAAUAAACCCCAUCCUCUGUGAUUCUCUUCUGGACAAACAAGAAUAUCAGGAAAUUGAAAAACUCAAAUGGGACGAUCUUUUCAACAGGUGCCUGGAUAGAAUGCAGCAUUGCCAUCAGCUCCUGUUCCCAGGCCAGGAGCCCAUUAUCAGGAAGGGGCACAUUGAACCCAUAGACAUCACUGUUGCAUCCAGAGGCGCUAACAAAAAGGUAACGUUAAUUAAAAACCUGGAGCUGUAUGGCUUGGAGCCUCACGCCAUAGCCAGCAGCCUACAGCAGAGAGUGCAAGCCAGCUGUGCUGUCAAUCCACUGCCCGGGUCAAAGGACAAGGUCCUGGUGCAGAUCCAAGGGAACCAGGUUGUCCACGUGGGCAGGCUGCUUGUAGACGAGUACAAAAUUCCUCGGAAACACAUCCUGGGACUCGAUAAGGCACCGAAGCCUGGGAAAAAGAAGUGAGGGCAUCAUGCUGCAUCCUCACAGGCCACACAGCAUUGAGAUCUGGGCAUUGUAAACAAAAUGGUUAUUAAAUGAGUGUACUGAAACUCCAAAACUGAAAUAAAAUCCAUCUUCUUCCCAAAGUCUCUUCGUGAACAUUCCACCCACCAUAAAUA